AUGGUCGAUGAAGCUCGUCCGCAAAUGGAGAAGAUACGAGAGAGAUCACCCAAGAUGUAUCAAUGCGAAACUCCUCGAAAGGAGUCUCUCGGGGUCAAGGACGUCGAGGUCAUCGAUUAUGGCACUUGCUUCGGAGAGAUUGCCAGUGGACAUCGCGAUGACGGUCAUGAGGCAACACGGAUGUGCAAUGUAUGUGCACUUAGCCGACUACACAUCAUGAGCUGCGGCAAUCACGGAUUCACUGCCAUAUCAAAUUUUAGCUCACGAAUGGUUGGUGAUCAGGCAGCAUUCAAUAGCCUUAGUAAACGCAAAAAUCUUCGAGGUCGACAAGAGCAAAUCAAUGCAUGGCGCUCGUUCUGCAUCAAUCCAGCAGUGUUUCGAUGCGCGACCAUCCAGGUUAUUGACAUGUUUGCUAAUGAUAUAGAAUCGUCAUCACCAGAAGCCCAAGGAUGCGGUCUGGUUCUUUGUCAGGGAUGCAGGACUCUCAUGGACGAGCACGGUAGUGAUAUCGACUGGAUCAUUGCGGCGAUAUCUAAUUCGAUGGAGAAACGAGCAGAUGCUGAUUUUUUGGUUCACAAAGCGAUCUAA